AUGGCUGUGAGCUUCAACUUAGUAUCCCUCACACUCUCCACUAUAGCCCUGCUUAGCAGCUAUUGGUGUGAAGGUACCCAGAAAGUUCCAAAGCCUCUUUGUGGGAAUGGUAAGGCUACCAAAUGCAUAGUUGUUCCAAUAGCAGUGGAGAGUGUCAAUGCAUCUGGGCAAGAUGUGGUCCAUUAUAGCUGGGAGACUGGAGAUGACAGGUUUGCUUUCCGCUAUUUUCAUACCGGGAUCUGGUAUUCGUGUGAGGAGAACAUCUUAGGUACAGAUGAGAAGUGCAGAAGUUUUUUAGAAUUAACGCCACCAGCUGAAAGAGGAAUUCUAUGGCUGUCCUUGGGUUCUGAGCUGAUGUACAUUACACUAUUGGUAAUUAGCUUUGGGCUUCUGCUACUGGAAAUUUUAUACACUGGGAAUCCUGUAUGUGGAAUGAAGCUCAAUGCAUUUGCAGCAAUGUCCUCAGUACUUUCAGGUAAUGAUAUUUUAUAA